AUGUUCGGCGGCAGCUUCGUCAGAGGAGCGCUCCAGCUGGCCUGCGUCAGCGCCGCCUGCGGGUGCAAGCCCGAGAUGGGGAAUGCGGAGGCGGUGGAGGUGAUCAAAGAGCUGGGUUUGUCCUUCAGCCCGGCCUGGUCGAUGGACGAGCUGAGGCACACCAUCAAGGAGGCCCUUUUCCCGAGGGACGAGAGCGCCUCUCAGAAGAUCCUGAAGGGGAUCAGCGCCAUGAAGAAGCAGGAGCUGGCCCAGAAGGCAGAGGAGGUCGGGGCCCACCUCACGCCGAACAUGACGAAAACAGCGAUGAAGCUGGAGAUCCGCAAGGCCGUGUUGAUGAAGACGAAGCCCGCGCCGACGGACUUCAUGGAUUUCGGCAAGCACGGGGUCAGCUCAUGGAACGGGCGCAAGCUCGGGACUGACCAAGGCAACCAGAAGGGCCGGGAGACCCGGGACAAGGCCGAGCCCGAGCACCUCUGGAUCAGCACUUGGUGUGGUCCCCUAUCCACGCUGACACUCGGUUUCAACGCCACCAACCCAGCCAGGGCAGAGAUGACCAGACAACGACGGGUCCAAGCGAUCAAAGAGUAUAAGGGCGCGGUGCAAUUGGUGUACGACCAGGUGGCCCAGGGAAGGCGCGCCCAUUGGGAGUGGCCCAUCAAGUGCGAAGGUCACCGGCGUGGCCAGGUCAUGGGCGGGGGCCUCGCGGCCUCGACAAGCUACUACACGGACGAGUUCGCCCGGAGGGCCGUGCGGGCCAUGAUCGAGGACGCCGCGCCGGACUACCACGAGUUCUUGAGGAGUAUGUCUACGGAGAAUGAGACCAACGGACGCGCCCUCGCGGGGCACCAGGAGUCGAACUCACCCGCCGAGGACCCUGGCUCCAAGGAGUACCAGAAGAUCACGCAGUGGAUCGCGUCUGUGCACCGAGGGUUCGGUCACAGCUCCAAGGCGUCCAUGCUGAAUGCGCUGAAAAGGAAGGGAGUGCGCUCCAUGGUGCUGAGGGUGGCCCAGGACUUCCACUGCGAGGCGUGCGAGGAAGCGAACAACCAUCGCCUGACGCACCCGCCCGUCAGUCUCGAGGCCAUACCCCCGAAGUGGAAGCAGAUCCAGGCCAAGUUCUCGCUGAUCGUUGACGAGAACUGCAAGGUCCGGGUCACUAAGCUGUUAUACCACAUAGUGGGCCAGGACCGCCACAGGAAUCCCGUCUGGGCAGACCUCGAGAACUUCUACGAGGGAAGGUGGCUACCUUACUUCGGGAAGCCACAGCGCGUGAAGGUGGACCCCGAGGGCUCCUGGAUGUCCCAGCAGGCCGCUCAGCAUUUUGAUUCAGACUCCAUCGGGUACGAGCCGAUCCCCGGCCAGGCUCACUGGCACAUUUCUCUCGCGGAAGAGGCGAUUCAGGCAACAAAAGGGACGAUGGACAAGCUCGUGGCGGAGAACCCUGACAUGUCCACCGAAGAGGCCCUGGCCCGUGCCACCGUAGCCGGGAACUCACGGGAAGACGUACGAGGCCACUCCCCCCUGCAGCACGCGCUGGGAAGGGCCCCUGACCUGGACGGCCAUUUCUUCGAGAGCGACUUCGACGAGCUGCCCUGCGUCGAGGCGCAACGGGUCGACAAGGAGUACGGCGAGAACUACAUGAGGAUGUACGCGGCCGAGCAGGAGUACCCGAGGCAGGUGUACCUACGUCGCCUGGGUCGUGCAGAGAAUGCCAAGAACCAAGCGCUCAAGGCCGUGGCGCCUGGCAUGUGGGUGCGCUAUUUCUGCGAGGAGAAAGGCGAGGUCAAAGGCCGAUUCAAGGGGCUCGCGCGGGUGCUCGCGGCGGAGACGAGCCGGCCCGUGGACGGUGACCUUGGAGCAAACGCGACAUUGCACCCAGGUCGUGCCGGACCUGUGGUCUGGUUGGCCCGGGCCGAGCGCAUCAUCAAGGUAGACUUGUGCCAGAUCCGAGCUGCAUCCGCGCGGGAGAUCGCCUGCGCUGGGCUCAUGGCGGGCAAGGACACGCCCUGGACCGUGAACACAUUCAUGAAUCAGGCGAUGCGGCAGGAGUACCUGGACUUUUCGGGGCACGACCCCACAGAGCAGGACGAGGAGCUCGCAUCCUGGGAGGGGGUGCCGGAGCCAUCACCUCCAGCGAAGAAGGCCCGCCACGAGGAGCCGCCCAGCGAGACCAAGUCCGAGCGCAACCAGAUCCCUGUGCGCAAGGCGAUUCGGAAGAAGGCGCCUCCGCCAGGAGGAGUGGCCAGUAUCGCGAAGGCAACCCAGGCUGUGCAGGCAGAGGAUGUCAUGAUGGAAAUGGCUGCCCUCGUGGCCAAGGCAUCCCUGGAUGCACGAUCCUUCUGGGCACGGCAGGGUGCAUCCCUGGAGAUCUCGGUCGAGCUGCCCCUGGCAGGAAAGCCCUUGAAGCUGGCCGCGAGACACAUGAGCACCUACAUGGCAGGCCAACUGAAAAGAGGGAAGCGAGAGAUCUCAGAGCGGACCCUCGCCCCGGGGGAGGUGAAGAAGUUCAGUGUCGCCAAGGCCACCGAGGUGAACAAUCGCGUCAUGUUGUCCGCGCUGGAAUCCUCGCCGCCUGGGGUCACACCGCCACCAGAGGAUGUAAUGCGCAUGCGGUGGAUCCUGGAGUGGAAGAUGGAUGAGACUACGAGUGAGAAGACGCCCAAGGCCCGGAUCGUGGUCUUGGGUUACAUGGAUCUUGAGUACGAGCACCAGCCGACGAUCGCCCCAACCAUGACCAGGACCUCCGGGCACCUAGUGCUGAAGGCAAUGGCGUGGCUCGGGUUCAAGGGUUACAAGGCCGACGUGACAGGAGCGUUUACCCAGAACCGGGAGAUCAAGCAUGACCUGUUCGUGAUGCCCGUGAAGGAGCUGGCCGUCGCCCUGGGGGUGCCCGAAGGGGUUGCGAUGCGACUGCGGAAGGCAGUCUAUGGGCUCGUGGAGGCAGCCAUCGAGUGGUUCAUGACGGUGAGCGAGGCCCUGGAGGAGUUCGGCUGGACGCAGAUGAAGAUGGACCCACGCGUUUGGGUACUCCACGGCCAAUCCCACGGCCAGGACACCAGAUUCACGAAGGAGGCCCUGGGCCAAUUCACCAGGUCCGAGGUAAUGGGCGAGCUGAUCGCGGCGAAGGGUGACCUGGACAUUGUGGCUAUCGCAGGGCCCCACGUGGAUGACUUCCUGCUCGGAGGGAAGGGGACGGACCCCAGGUGGAUCGAAGCCAGGAAGAAGAUCGAAGAGCGAUUCAAGUGGAAGACAUGGGAGACCGACGAGUUCAUGCAGACUGGAGCCCCGAUACGGCAGCUGCCAGAUAUGAGCUUCAAGAUGGACCAGAGUGAGUAUGUCGAGUCCAUCGAGGGGGCAGUCGUGAGCCCGGAGCGAAAGAAGAACAAGGACGCCCCGACCACCGACAAUGAGGAGGGGCAGCUGAGGGCAAUCCUGGGUGCCAUCGGCUGGCGCUCCGAGCAGUCAGGCCCCAUGCACUCGGCGGACACAAGCCUUUUGCUAAGCGCGAUGCCGUCCUCCACCGUGCAGACCCUCCUGGGCGCGAACCGCCUGGUGGACAGGGUGCAGGAGGGAGUAGACCUCCCUGUGGUCAUCCACAGCCAUUCUAACGCGCAGGUGAUCGUUCCCAUCGAGUGGUCAGAUUCCUCGAAAGCGAACCGCCCCGACGGGAAAUCCACCAAGGGGCUUGUCACGGGGAUGGACGAACUGUUCGGGGUCAAGCUCCAAUGGUUGGAGAUCCUCGGCAAUCAGAUCGACUGGCGCAACCCGGAGGGGGCACUCAGUCAGUUGCCCGCCGCCCUCGUGCUGGACUCCAAGGGCCCCUGCGACGAGCUGCAGACCACGGUGUGCACGUUCCGCGGCAAGGAGAAGAGGGCGGACGUUGAGGCCAUGACCCUGAAGGAGGGAUCGACGGCAUCCAACAAUUGGGUACCGAGGGUACACGGAGACGCUCAGCUGGCGAACUCAUUGACGAAACGGCACGAGCCUGGCCAGCUGAGGAUGUACUACAACAGUGGCCACAGGUGGAAGUUAGUCUAUAACGCCAAGUACCAGAGCGCUAAGAAGCGGAAAGCCGCGGGGAUCCUUCCGUUCGAGAGCGUCCCCCCUGGAGUGCUGCGCCGCGAAGAUGCGGGAGACGGGGCCACGUGCGCUGCAGCAG